AUGAUCUCAACAUGGAUUUCUCAUUUUGGAAUACCACAGCGUAUUACAUCUGAUCAAGAAGGUCAGUUUGAAAGAAAACUCUUCUCAUCUUUGAGCAAAUACUUCGGUUUUCCAAAAUCCAUAAGAGCACGAUAUCAUCCACAAUCGAACAGAUUGAUUGAGCGACAACACAGGAUUAUAAAGGCAAACUUGAAACGUCAUUUACAAUUAAGCAAAUCUUGGGUAGAGGCUUUACCUUUGGUUCUUCUUGGUUUACGCUCGGCGCUGAAAGAAGAUAUUGGAUACUCUUCAGCUGAGCUUCUCUAUGGCAGUCCCCUCUGUUUACCCAGAGAAUUCGUCACCACGAUCCCUAAUUUCACACACUCAGAAUUCGUCCAAAGGCUACAAAUCCGUAGCAUGAAACCUUCUGCAACGACUACUCAUGACAAUACAAGCAUAUUCGUUUCAAAACACCUUUUGAAUUCCUCGCAUGUUUUCGUCUACAAUAAUGCGACCACUUUAUCUUUGCAAGCAGUUUAUCUUGGACCUUAUGCUGUCAAACACCGAGCAGCAAAGUAUUUUGACAUUGAAAUUAAUGGAACUGUCAAAAGAAUUUCAAUUGAUAGACUGAAACCAUGUUUUACCAUAAAAGACAAUAAUGAGCAGCCCCCUGAAACCUACAGGCACAUGGAUUAUCCAGAUCGGCACACCCAAUGCGAACCGCGGGAGAAAAUUUCAACGCCGGUCAAACACAACCAUACCACACGCAGUGGAAGGACCGUCAAGUUUCCACUCCAUUUAAAGGAUUAUGUCUCCGAAUUGUUUUCACUGGGAAGGGAGUGUGUAGCUUCCUCUAUGUUUUCCUCUUCAUCUUAUUUUUAA